AUGCUGCGGCUGCUGGUGGCCGGUGCCCACAUCCGCGGGGCCACCGGCUCCGGGCCCGGCGUGCACGUGUCUGCCCGCUUCAGAGGCGUCCCCAGGAGCACCCGGGUGGUGCCGGAGGAGCACAGCCCCACAUGGAAUGAGACACUGGCAUGGCCUCUGGGUGCGCGUCCCCUGCACCCCACAGCCAGCCUGAGCCUGCGCCUGCGGCACUGGGGCCAGCCGGCACCCUGGGGGGACCUGGGUGCUGCCACGGUGUCACUGGACCAGUUGGUGGCCAACCCCGAGCUGCCGCUGUCCCUAAGCCAAGUCCCGCUGCUGGACCCCAAGGGACAGCCCACAGGGAGCACCAUCACCCUCCGCUGCUCCUAUGUCCCCCAUGGCAAGGCUGGGGAUGCCGCGGUCCCCAUGCAACGAUGGGUGCCACCACCAACAGUGUCACCAGGGCCACCCAUGCACCCCAGCAAGCCCCCAGCAGGGAGUAAAGAGGAGUUCCAGGUACGGGUGAGGAUCAUCAAGGGCCACCAGCUCCAGGGCAAUAACAUCAAGCCGGUGGUGACGGUCUUCAUCGGCCAGCACCGCUUCAGGACCAGGAUCCGUGUGGGGAACAACCCCUACUACAACGAGGUGUUUUGCCAAAGUUUCCACCAGACACCGGAGCAGUUGGCGAUGGAGCCCAUCCGCAUCCAGGUGCUGGACUCCAAGGCCAUCCGCUCCAAAGCCAUCAUUGGAGUCUUCCAGCUGGAUGUUGGCACCAUCUACCACGCACCAGGACACAGCUUGAGCUGGAAGUGGCUGAGCCUGCAGGAUCCCCAGCGCCCCGACAGCGGCUCCCGCGGGUACCUGCGUGUGAGCCUGGCCGUGCUGCGCGCCGGCGAGCCGGUGCUGGAGCAGGAGGAGCCGGAGGCAGACAAGGACGUGGAGGCCAACCUGCUGCAGCCACCGCCGUGCGCCGCCACACUGCAGCUCCGCAUCUACCACGCCGAGGACCUGCCGCUGGCGGAGCCGGCUCGGCAGUGCCUCCCCUCGGUGGGAGGCAAGAGGAGCUUCGUGGCGGCCGCGGUGCGGGUCGGCUUUGCCGGCAGGACGGUGGGUACCGGGGCCAUGGCGGGGCGGGGGGGGCACGAUGCCGCGGUGAGGGGCUCAUGGCUCUGCCCAACGCAGCUCUGCACCAAAGUGAUGCCCCCAGACCCCAACCCGGCGUGGAACGAGGUCUUCUUCUUCCCACUGCGGCUGCCCCCCAUCUGUGACGAGAUCCAGUUGGCCAUCCUCAGCGGGCCCCGCAGCAGCAAGGUCCUGGGCACCGCCACCCUCCACCUCUCCCGUAUCUCCUCUGCUGGUGCUGUGCUUGAGGAGGGGACCCCCGGCUUUUUGCCGUGCUUCGGACCCAGCUUCCUCCCCUUCUAUGGUCCCCGGGCGGAUGCUACCAGGACAUCCAGCACUGACACCAACGUGGCUUAUCGGGGCCGGGUGCUGCUGGAGCUCAGCACCCACAUGGAGACCCCGGAUGGGCACCAGCGCGGCACCAUCAACCCAGAGGACAUCAUCCGGGUGCAGUCCCACUUGCCCCGCCACCGGUUCGGGCUCUGCGGGGUCUUUUAUUCGGCCACCAUGGUGCCAGCGGGCCCCGAGCUCCUGCGCUUUGAGCUCAGCCUGGGCAACUAUGGGGACACGAGCGAUGCCACCUGCAAGCCGGCCGCCUCCGUCACCCCACACGGUUGUCCCGUCUUCGAUGGCAACCGCUACCACUACCUGCCGUGGUACAGUGACAAGCCGGUGGCGGCCGUCACCUCGUCUUGGGAGGAUGCUGCUCACCGUUGGGAUGCCCUAAACCUCCUGCGUGCCAUGUGCCAGCGGCUGGAGAAGAAUGUGGUGGAGCUCCGGAGCGCUUGUGGGGACACCGAGGGGGACAUCGGCAGGAGGCUGCUGCGGGAGCUGGCGCAGGACUGCAGGCGGGUGCUGCUGCAGCUGGAGGCUCAGCCCACCCCGACACCACUGGACACCCACCUCCGUGCCGCGCGUCUCCACUUGCUGCGGUGCGUGGCGGCGGCGGCAGCGAUGCCCCCCAGGGCCGGAUGGGCCACGCUGCUGCCCAUGGCCGAGGCCUGGCUGCGGCAAGUGGCCGCGCUGGCUGUGGAGCCGCAGGCCGCUGUCCCCGAUGUGCUGCUGUGGCUGCUGCGGGGUGAGCGGCGUGUGGCCUGUGCCCGCAUCCCUGCACCCGACAUCAUGUUCUCCCGGAGUGGCCCCAGCGCCUGCGGCAGGUUCUGCGGGAGGCUCCAGACGCUGUUCCUGAUGGGCUCCGGGGACAUCCGUGCCCAGCUCCGGCUCCGGCUGUGGCUGGGGCCGGUGGCCGACAGCGGGGACCUGCCCCGGCACAUCGAGGGCUCCCUUCGCAUCUACGCCGAGACGUAUGAAAACCAGACCAAGCUGUUGGGCAAGUGGGGUCCCCGCGGGCUCCUGGGCUCCCCGGGCUUCUCCGACGGCGCGGGCAGAGCCGGGCUCCCGCGGCAGCGCAUCCGGCCCCCCAAGGGCUGGCGCUGGGAUGGACCCUGGACCGUGGAGCCCCAGCGCCGGCUGCUGCUGGACACAGAGACCAACAUGGGUGAGGUGCUGGAGGAGGUCUAUGAGAACGAGAGCCGAUGCCCUGGUGGGGACUGGGGACCUGCCACCGUGGCCAGCACUGAUGCUAGCGGUGUGGAGGUGCCACCCAAGGAGGAGGUGCCGUGCCCCCAAGGAUGGCACGUCACCGACGGCUGGAGGGUGGAUGUGACAGGGGCUGUGGAUGAGGCUGAGAAGACCUACCACACGCACCGGCGCCGGCGCUGGCUGCGCACCCGCCGCAGGGACCCCAGCGCGCAGGGACCAGAGCAGGACUUGGCCACCUUCCUCCAGCUGGUCCGGGUCGUGGGGACAGGGCCAGGGCCUGGGGACGGGGUGCACAGAACCGAGUCUGCGGCGGGCUCCGAAGCCUGGGAAUACGGAUCCUUCUGGAGCGGCCGCUUCCACCUGCAGCCGCGGGCGGGCGACGUUUGCCGGCGGCGCUGCUGGCACCGGCACAUGGUGCCCGCGCAGCCCCCGCCCGUGGCGCCCCUCUUCCUCCUCGAGGGGUCCCCGGGCACGGAGGACACGGCCAGGGAGGAGGAGCCGGCUGCAGCGGAGCGGCGGACACGGGGCUUGUUCCAGCCUGCCCCGCAGCAGCCGCUGCCCCUCAUCCUCUGCACCUUCCAGCGACCCAGCUUCUUCCAGCUCCGCUCUUACAUCUUCCAGGCGCUGGAGCUGUCACCCCGCGGCACCAAGUCCACUGCAGACCCCGUCGCCCAUGUCUCCUUCGUGUACGUCAGCCAGAGCACACGGGUGCUGCCCGGCACCCUGGACCCUCUUUGGGACCAGACGCUGCUUUUCCACCGGGUGCUGCUCUAUGGGGACCCCCGGGGUGUCCAGGAUGAGCCCCCCGCUGUGGUGGUGGAGGUGUUCGACCAGGAUGGAGGGGGUGCCGGUGGGUUCCUGGGGAGGAGCGUGUGCACCCCAGAUGUUUGGCUGGAUGUGAAGCGCCGGCAGCCCCCCCGGCUCCGGCGUUACCCAUUGGGGGGCUCUGGGGGGCCUGCCGGGGAGCUGUUGGCUGCCUUCGAGCUGCUGCAAGACACCGAGGAUGGGGCCCUGGCACAGGUCAGCACCCCGCCGUGGAGGCAGGGGGUCUUCAGUGUCCCCACCGGUGUCCGGCCACUCCUGAGGCCGAUGGCGCUGGAGGUGCUGGCGUGGGGGCUGCGGGGGCUGCGCGGCAGCGUGCGUGCGCCCAGCCUGGAGGUGCAGUGCGGGGGGCGGGUGCUGCAGACCCCCCCCAUCGCCGACCCCGCCUCCAACCCCAACUUUCCCAUCAACGCCUUCCUGCUGGCCCUGACGCUGCCGCUGGAGGAGGAGCUGGUGCCGCCCGUGCGGCUGCGGGUGCUGGACAUGCGGGACUUCGGGUACCGGCCCGAGGUGGGGCAGACCUGUGUGCGGGGGCUGGGGCAGCACCACGGGCAGCCCCCCGGGCCCCCCGGCCCCCGGCCCAGCUCCGCCACUCCUCGGGGCAGGAUAAGUUGGCUACUGCCCAGAAUCACCAGCAAGACGGAGGCUGCGGACAAGGAAGAGGGUAAGAAUGAGGAUGAGGACGGGAAUAGGGAUGGGGAUGGGAACUGGGACAAGGAUGAGGAUGGGAAUGGGAACGAGGAUGAGCAUGAGAAUGGAGAUAAGGAUAAGGAAGGGAAUGGGGACGAGGACGGGCCCGGCCCCCAGAUCUACAGCUGCGAGCUGGAGGCGGUGCCGGAGUUCGAGGGGCUGCAGGAUUUCUGCCGCUCCUUCCCGCUGUUCCCGCCGGGAGCAGCCGCCGCGGGGGGGGAGGACCCGCCGCCUGUGGCCGAGUUCAAGGGGCUCUUCCACAUGUACCCGCUGCCCGAGGACCCCGCGGAGCCGCCGCCGCCGCGCCGCUUCCAGGACCUGCCGCCCAGCCGGCCCCAGCGCUGCCUGGUGAGGGUCUACGUCGUGCGGGCCUUCGACCUGCCCCCCCGCGACAGGAACGGGCUGUGUGACCCCUACGUCCGUGUCUCGCUGGGGACCAAGACACUGGGACAGCGGGACCAGUAUGUGCCCAACACCCUGGAGCCCGUGUUUGGGAGGCUGUUCGAGGUGAUGGGCACCAUCCCACUGGAGAAGGACCUGCGGGUCUCACUGCUGGAUUAUGACCUGGUGCCACCCGACCAGGAGAUCGGCACCACCACCAUUGACCUGGAGAACCGGCUGCUCUCCCGCUUCCGCGCCCACUGCGGCCUGCCCGCGCUCUACUGCACCGCCGGCCCUGGGUGCUGGAGGGACCAGCUCCCCCCCAGCCAGACACUGGAGCACUUCGCCCGCACCCAGGGGCUGCCGGCACCCGAGUUCAAUGCCGAGGGCACCGCCAUCACCUUUGGGGACCACAGCUUCCUCCUCAGCCACUUCGAGAGCAGCCCCCCCCAGCACCCGCACCUCGGGGUGCCCCGCGAGCGCCUGGCCCUGCACGUGCUCCGCGCCUGCCACCUCGUCCCCGAGCACCUCGAGACACGCACCCUCUACAGCAGCACCCAGCCCGGGCUGGAGCAGGGCAAGGUGCAGAUGUGGGUCGACGUGUUCCCCACCAACCUCGGCCCCCCGGGGCCCCCCGUCGACAUCACCCCCCGCAAGCCUCAGAGGUACGAGCUGCGCUGCGUGGUCUGGAACACGCGGGACGUGGACCCGGGGGACACGAACCUCAUGGGGCAGCAGAUGAGCGACAUCUACAUCACGGGGUGGCUGGACGGGCUGGAGGAGCAGAAGCAGAGGACGGACGUGCAUUACCGCUCGCUGGACGGGGCCGGCGCCUUCAACUGGCGCUUUGUGUUCUCCUUCGAGUACCUGGUGGCCGAGCAGCUCUGUGUGCUGCCCGGGAAGAAGCAUUUCUGGAGCCUGGAUGAGACGGUGCUGAAGGUGCCCCCGAAGCUCAUCCUCCAGGUGUGGGACAACGACAAGUUUUCGGCUGAUGAUUUUCUAGGCGUGCUGGAGCUGGAGCUCACUCGGCUGCCCCGGCCCGCGCUGCACGCCCGGACCUGCACCCUGGCGCUGCCGGGGGCCCCCCGGAGCCGCUGGCCCUGGCGGGCGCCGCGCCCCCCUCCCCGCGUGUCGCUGUUCCGGCAGCGGCAGGCCCGGGGCUGGUGGCCCUGCGUGGCGCUGAAGGGCGGCAAAUGGCACCUCUCGGGGAAGCUGGAGCUGAGCCUGGAGCUGCUGACGGCGAAGGAGGCGGAGGAGCGGCCGGCGGGGAGAGCCCGGGAGGAGCCCAACAUGUACCCGACGCUCCCGCCGCCCGUGCGGCCCGACUGGUCCUUCCUGUGGGUGCAGGCGCCGCUGCGCACCCUGCGCCAUGGGCUGUGGCGGCAGCACCGCGGCUGGAUCAGCCUGGGCCUGGCGCUGGUGCUGCUCAUUGCGCUGCUCCUCACCUUCGUCUACGCCGCCCCGGGUUAUUUGGCCAUGAAGCUGGUAAACCCUUUCCAGGGCUUGCACAUUGUUCCUGGUGGUGGUGGUGAGCACCCCGCAGCUGGUGCUGAGCAGCACAGGGGUGGUGCUGGCAAACCCUGAUGUGCCACCCCAGGAUGGCAGCAUCUGUGUCACCUCUUCAAUAAAGCUACAUCCAACAAUGGGCAAA